AUGUUCAACGCGGAAGAGACUGCUGUCAUCACUGGCGGAGCAUCAGGUAUCGGCCUCGCCAUUGCUAAGAAAUGUUUUGGCAAGGGCAUGAAAGUUCUCAUCGCCGAUAGGAAUACGACUCUCCUAGAAGAAGCAAAAGCUAGUCUUGGCGAGUCCCUACUGACCUUUUAUCUGGACGUCACAAAGCUUGAAGACUGGGAAAAGCUCAAGCAACAGGUGACUCAUGAACUUGGAGGUACUACCACUGCCAUGUCUAUUUUUACUGGUCGCGUCGAUCUUCUCGUCCUGAAUGCCGGUAUUCAGCCUCCCUCGAACUGGAAUGACCCAGAGGUUUUCCGAACGAUAUUCGACGUGAACCUAUUCGGCGUCAUCAAUGGCAUCACCACGAUGCUUCCCGUACUAAAAUCGCAAGCCAACUCAUCCAUCGUCAUAACUGGGUCCAAGCAGGGUAUCACAAACCCGCCUGGAAACCCUGCCUACAACGCCAGCAAAGCAGCUCUCAAUUCUGUCGCUGAGCAAUUGUCAUACGAUCUCAGAGAUACACCGACCAAAGUUCACCUACUUGUGCCGGGGUGGACAUUUACUGGCCUAGGAGGGGGUUCUCCGAGCAGUCAGAGGCCUAAGCCCCCUGCUGCGUGGACCCCAGAGCAGCUGGCCGAUUUCAUGGAAGAUAAGAUGAGGAAGGGGGAUUUCUACAUCAUCUGUCCUGACAAUGAAGUCACGGAGGAGAUGGAUAGGAAGAGGAUUCUUUGGUCUGCGGGCGAUCUUGUGCAUGGUAGGCCGGCUUUGAGCCGUUGGCGAGGCGAGUUCAAGGACCAAGUGAAUGAUUGGAUGGCUAAGCCUGGCGUAGAGUAG